AUGGCAGUGGCCGACGACGCAAUAAGUAUAUCGCUCGCGCGUGGACUGCCAGCGACGGAAAGUCAAGGUAUCCUCCACCACAACCCCGCAGCACAAUCUGACCUGACGGCCUUUUCCCAGUGCUCCGGCGAAGAUGUCUGUCUCCACUGCCGUGCUCGAGACGUUGUAAGCACUACUGCCGAAAGCGGUGAUCGAAGCGGACGGCGACCGCAAUCUGACCCUCGCGGCGCAUCUCUUGAGGAUCGGCUUGCACUCCUGCAAGAAGAGGUUCGCCGUGUAUCAGAGGCCAACCCCAAGCAGACUAACCCAAGUCUGCAACGCACCUCGCGUGCCAGCAAUGCGUCAAAUCUGACGCCGUAUCUUGUGGACCUUACCCAGCCACUGCGCGAUGAAACGGACACAUUUGAUCUCACUGGAAAUGACUACCGCAGUCUAUCACUGUCCUCGCAGCUCGUCGCACUGCAUGAACUGCUGAGUACGGGUUCUGCCAAAGCCCGGCCAGCCGCUACACCGGCAAUCCCUGACCGUACUUUCCCCCUGGAGCUCCCGCGACCGUCAAGAUUGAAACAUCUCCUCGACAUUUAUUUUCGCGACAUGGACUCCUUUUUCCCUUAUCUGGAUCAAACGGACACGGAGGCUCGGAUAUUUCAGACGCUACAAAGCCUGGGGUAUUCCGACUACAAUCUGAUCGUCGACAUAGACUUCCCACGGCAUCCUAUCGCAGCGCUUUUGUGCAACAUUCUUGCAAUGGGUGAUUGUAUGGAUCCUCAACGUGUCAAAGCAGAAGAUGUGAGGCCAGGUUGGCCAAUCUACGUGAGAGGUCGUAAGCUGAUGCACUAUUUCCCCACGUCUAAAACUGUUUCCUUGGAUCUAGUACGAUAUCACCUCCUCAGUGCACUCUAUAUGAUGCACACGGAACUGCUUCAGCCAGCAUUGCAGGCCAUUGGCACCACAGUACAGCUGGCCAUAAAAGCUCGCCUGAACAACCAGGCUGCAUGGAAAGAUUGUCCCGAGAGUGAGAUUUCGGCCCGAAAGAAAUUGUGGUGGACGAUAUAUUUCUUCGAUCGAAGGAUUGCGCAACGCAAUGGAAGUCCAUAUCUCAUUCGAGAUAUUGAGGUUGCCGUUGAAGACUUUGAGCCAAAUUUGGCAAGCCCGCGUUUACGGAACGAGCCAGGUGGUGAUCCGAGCAGACAGUCCAGUCACUUUACACUUCACCACCCCUAUUUCCAGGUUUUAAUCAAUUACGCCAAGCUUUGGGGUGAAAUAUGGGAUAAAUUCUUUGCGGCAUCAGCUCCGAAGCGAAUGGAUUGGCGAGAAGUCGAGAUCGCAGACACUCGUGUAAUCCUUGUACGUCGUCAACUGUCUUCCGAACUGACUUGGGAUACGGACUUGCUGGAAUCGUAUAUCUCAGACGGCGAAACAGAGCCUCAACUACGAAGGCGCUUGUUUAUUUUCAUCAGAAUAAAUCUACUCCGCAUGACGAUCCGCCAGAAUCCUAUUUUGUCAGGCGAAAGCGGCCAGGAAGCUAGAAAACUCUGCGCGGUCCUCGCACGAGACAGUGUAGAAGCGAUUGCUGCAUUCGCUAAUGCGUGUCCCGGUAUUCGACCUAGCGGCUACUUCAUCAGCACUGCGCUGGUCGAGUGCAUAUAUCAUCUCGUGUACCUUCUCAAAGAUCCCGGGUUGCAGACAGAUGGAUCUGCAGCUCUGGAAUCUUUCCACAGCGCAUACCAAUUGUUAGUUGAGCUCGCGGGAACGAUAGAACCUGCAAAUCAUGCUCUCGAGGCCCUCAAAAUUGCCAUUUCCUCAAGCGAUUACGAGAUAUUUGGUGCUUUGGGCACAGAAUCCGUAAGCCAAGAGGGAGAUCGUGUCGUAGAUGAGUCUAUUCAGCGACAAGACCGCGGUCCAGUGAUUGAAGAACUCCCGCAGCAUGAGGAUCAGCAGGUCGUGGACUUCAACUUGAGUAAUUUUUCGAUGCAUACUCCGGAUCUCAUGAUGGACCAGCCUGAGUCACGUCCAGUCUUGGACGUACCGCAAACGAUGGCACCUGACAUUCAUACCAACUUUCGACACUUCCCGCAGGAGACUUUGAGUCAGAACUUGGACUUCAUGCAAGGAUUAGCAAAUACCUACGGCGAUUGGGACACGUAA